AUGGCCGCUGCCGUUCUGCUGCUUAUCGCCUGCCUGAGCUCUGCCCACGCGUGGGGUGGUCUCUUCAACCGAUUUAGCUCCGAUAUGCUGAACAACUUGGGCUACGGGAGAUCACCAUAUCGCCAUUAUCCUUAUGGACAGGAUGCCGAAGAGAUUUAUGCUGAUGCUCUUGAAGGUAACCGCAUUGAAGAUGUAGAUGAUAGUCACUGCUACAGCGCCGCUUGCCUCUCUAACGGAGACUGCUGCCGCGGAUUGACCUGCUUGGAAACAGAGGACGGAGGGCGCUGUCUACCAGCUUUUGCUGGACGUAAAUUGGGAGAAAUCUGCAACCGUGAGAACCAAUGUGAUGCUGGACUGGUCUGCGAGGAGAUUGUUCCAGGUGAAAUGCAUGUCUGCCGUCCACCCGCUCCUGGCCACAAGCAAUACAACGAGGAAUGCUCUACAUCCAGUGAAUGUGACAUCACACGAGGACUCUGCUGCAUUAUACAACGUAGACACCGCCAGAAGCCUCGCAAGAGCUGCGCCUACUUCAAGGAACCGCUAGUCUGCAUUGGACCGGUAGCUACAGACCAGAUCCGUGAAAUCAUUCAACACACAGCCGGAGAAAAGAGAAUUGGAGUCUACAGAAUGCACUAA